AUGGGGAUUUGUUCGUCGCAGCCCGAGCCCGAGAUGCGGGCGGAUUUCGGGUCGUGCCCGCAAGAUGCCGACGGCCGCGCCGUGUGGGAACUCGCGAACGCGAUCGCGUGCGCGAACACGCAGGAAAUUUUGAAGAGGAUGGUGCUCAACGUGCCGAGGCUGAGUAACCAGAGGGGCAUGCUGAGGGAGGAUUACAUUGAGCGCGUGAUCGUCGAGGCGUAUAAUCACGCCGGGUACGGCGAUUUGAAAUCCGACGUCAAGGAGAAAACGGAGGGUGACUUGCAGGACUUCAUGAUGGCGCUCUUAUCGGAUCGUUUGGAUUUCCAAGCGCAGGCGCUGAUGCGCGCGAUCAAGGGUUUCGGUACAGAUGAGGCGACGCUGACGACGAUUUUGUGCACGACUGCGGAGGAAGACAUCUUACCGCUUCAAAUGGCAUUUUCUUCGCGAUACGAGCGAUCUCUCGAACAGGCCGUCAUUUCUGAAACGAGUGGAAAAUUCAAGCGCGUGCUUCUUCUCGCUGGUUGCGACGGCGUUGGCGAGUCCUAUGCGAAGGUGAUUAACUCCGCUGUCUCAGGUUUGGGAACCGACACCAGCGCGAUAAUCCGUCUCAUGGUGACAGCCACGCCGGAACAACUCGAUGCCACGCGUGAGGCGUACUCAAGAAUUUAUAAGAAAGAUCUCAUCAAAGCCGUAGGUAGUGAGUGGAAGGUGAGCGGCGACUUCAAACGCAUCAUCACUGCCCUGGCCAAGCGCCACCCGACGAACGUCAACAACGAUAAGGAGAUCGAUUACGACUUCGAAAUCCAGUCCAUGCGUAACGCCGUCGAGGGAUUGGGCACAGAUGAACAGCUUAUCAUUUCCAUCCUUGCCAACAAAACGCACGAACAGAUCGAAGAAUUCCGCGAGGCGUACAAGGUGGCUACUGGCGAGCUCCUGCGUGAGCGUAUCCGAGAUGAAACCACUGGCUUGUUUGAGAGUAAGCUUUUCCGCGAGACCUUGAUGGGUUUGCUCACGCCCCGCGAAGAACAAAUCGCCAUUUAUCUCCAAGAAGCUUUCGGCAUGUGGGCGAACGACGAUUGGGGUCUCAUUUCCAUGCUCGUACAUCGAACUGAAGAGGAGAAGGAGCUCAUUAGGACGAAGUACACGGAACACACUGGUGGCGACCUUAUCGCCGACAUUCGAUCGAAGUGCUCGGGUGACUAUGAAGACGCACUCGUGGCCUGCAUAUCUCCGAAGGAGCGUACGAUUGCUCGCGGUAUGCGUCAAUGCAUCGCCGGCUGGUUCUCCAGCACGAACAAGACCGGUAUCAUGGCUCUGUUGACUCACAAGGACAUGGUGAUGCCCCGUCUUCGCAAAGAGUUCGAGAAGGAAUUCCGCGGCCAAACGCUCCAAAACUGCAUUAAAAAAGAGUGUGCUGGUGAAUUCGAGGCUGCUCUUGUCUCACUAGCCGCCUACACCCCACCGAAAGGCGUGAGCAAGUUGGGACCUGACGAGCCUGUCCCACCGCCUAAGGGCGGAAGCCAACCAGCGUCGAUGCAACAGUCCUACGCUCCGCCGCCGCAAGGUUACGCUCCGCCGCCGCAAGGUUACGCUCCGCCGCCGCAAGGUAACGCUCCGCCGCCGCAAGGUUACGCUCCGCCGCCGCAAGGCUACGCCCCACAGCCAACCGCGGGCUAUCCGGGCGGCGGCUACGGAGCUCCACCGGUUCAACGCCAAGACUCGUGGUAA